AUGGGGGUCCCCAGGGCCUUUCUGCUCUGCCUCUUUGGGACUGUGCUCUGUCCGACAGGUUCAGGAGCCCUGCAGUGCUACAGCUUUGAGCACACCUACACGGGGCCCUUUGACCUCAGUGACAUGAAGUUCCCCAGUAUCUCCUGUCCCCACGGAUGCUCUGAGGUUGUCCUGUCCCUGGACACUGGGUAUCGCGCACCGGUGACCCUGGUAAAGAAGGGCUGCUGGACGGGACCCACGGCCGGCUCCAUGCAGUCCAACCAAGACGCGCUGCCGCCGGACUUCUCGGUGGUGCGAGGCUGCGUGGGAGACUUUUGCAACAACCACCUCGUGACCCAUGACGUCAUCCCCAACCUGAGUCAAGCACCUGACCCACAGAGGCUCAGCGGCACCGAGUGCUACGCCUGCGUGGGCAUCCACCCCGAGGAUUGCUCUCCUGACAAGUCCCGACGGGUCCAGUGUCACCAGGACCAGAGCGUCUGUUUCCAGGGCAAUGGCCGAAUGACCACCGGCAAUUUCUCAGUCCCUGUGUACAUCCGAACCUGCCACCGGCCCUCCUGCACCACCAUGGGCACCACCAGCCCCUGGACAGCCAUUGACCUCCAGGGCGCCUGCUGUGAAGGGCAUCUCUGCAACAGGGACUCCGUGACCCAGGCCUUCAACACCCCUACAGCUGCUGCUCCUCCCCGGGUGCCCCACAUCAUGACCCUGGCCCUCCUAGCCCCUCUUCUGGUCAGUUCUCUGGGAGGACCCCUCUGGCUCUCCAUAUAGUUCCCCCCACCCCGGGAUGUUGGGCAGGGUACACCUCCUUCUCCUCACUGCUUCAGCCCCAGCUGGAAAAUGAUGUCAAAACAAGAGCAGC